AAUUGUUUCUUUGAUUAUAUUGUUUAUGUUUUUUUUCUUGUGUCUUACCAUUUUGGUUGAUGAUUUAAUUGUUGUUGUCAAGUUGCCAAUUUAAUUGCUGUGAUUGUCCAUUACCUUUGAUUACAAUCUACUUGGAUCAAAAGGUUGAUUGUUUCAUUCAUCCAUUGGUUUCUUUUUGUUGGUGUUUAGGUUGACAAAUUGUUGACAAUUUCAUUGGAAAGUUUGACUAAAAGAAUCUUUUUUCCACCAUGGAUUUGUGUCAACUAAUAUUCCCCGUUAGUUAUCCUGGAAUGAAAGAUUGUAAAAGUGUCCUACUAAUCGGAAGCCCUGGUACGUGCAAGACAAGUUUACUCCUUCAAAUGGCGAGUAGCCUAAGUCACCAAUCUUGCAAGACUCUAAAUUCCGACGACUGUACAAUUAUGUUCAUCUGUAAUUACCAGUUAACCAAGAUUCCCCUUCAUGUUCAUCGGAUGCCACAAUUUGAUGCAAUUUCAGCGAAAAACAUUUCCAUCCAAUACCUGAAAACCUUUGGUGAUUUAAUCUCCCAUUUGGCAAACCUUUUCAUCCAUGUUGGUAAACUCACAGGAAUUAUAAUUGAUGGAAUUGAUAAUUUUCUCAAGACAAUCGAUGAGAAAGUUGAUGGCAAUUACAAGGAUUGUUUGGCUAAAUUGUUUGCUCUUCUGGUUGAUUUGGGUGGACAUUAUUCUGAUUGUCAGGAUGGUUUCGUCGGUGGUGAUCCUUGUCCAAUUGUAGCUUCAUUUGAUUCCAAUGAUGAAGAUAUCAAUGAGAAAGUAUUGAUAUCAUCAAUUGGAAAUCAUUUCUUUGAACAAGUUGCUAAAAUUGAGCCUUGUACCAUUCUUGGAACCCGAUUAGGAUUUAAAAUGACCGAUUCUAGUGACCAUUGUAUCUAUUAUUACAUUGACGAAGGACAAAUUUAUCUGGAUCGGAUCUCGAAGAUUAAAUUAAUCUACUAACAUGUAUUAACGAUGAUUAAUCUUCAAUGUCAUUGGAAAAGCUUCAAAUUUAUUUCCAGCUGACUUGUUGAUUUCUUUAAAAAUGCCAGAGAGAUUUUGGAAAAUGAUGAUCAUCUCAUCUAAAUAACUCAUCGUCAUCUAGUGGCCUCUCAAGUGUUACUCAGCAAUUUAAAUGAAUUAUCCAACUAAAGUUAUAUCCCUAUCGAUGCCAAUUUCGUCUUGAUAUCGACACAUCUUCUCACUCGACUUUUCAAUUUUCUCUGACAAUCUACCAGAUGACUUGAGCAUCUUGAAGUAAAAAAAAGUGAUUUAAUUAUUACAGAAGCGAAAAAAAUGGCAAAGCUUUGUAAUUUAAACCUCCAAGGAUAAAUGAUGAAGAUAAUGAUAAUGUAACGAGGAUUAUGACGACAAGGAAGAAGGAAACGAAGCGUCAAGAUGAAGAUGAUAACAAAAAAAAAGAGAUACGAGGAUCCAUGAAGGUGAUUUUCGAGGCUCUGUGUCACCAUGAGUACUUUUGAACACUUUCAAAGAAUAACUGGAUUACGUUUGAUGUUUAUUUUCUCAAAUCAUCAUCAUCAUCGUCAUCAUUUGUACAAAAAUAAGCCAAAUUUUGAAGAAAAUCUUCUGCUCCUCGUGCAAAAGAUUUGCAUGGAAGAGAAAGAGAAGGUUCUUCUUCCAUCCUCUCAAUCGAAGGUGUAUAUUCACGAGUGAACAUGUACCUCUUUUUUUCACUCUUCUAAUACUAUUGAAAAUGGAAACAAUUAUGAAACAUUUGCUACUCUCUCUUCUCAGAAUCAAUUGCGAGUUGAGUGCAGAUAUUUUUCUCUACGAUUGUGUGUUUCUAGCCACAGUUACCAAAAAUAACCACUGCCACUGUACCAUGAGCGAUAUUUGAAAGGAGAGGGAGAGAGAAGAUAAAUAGUGAGAAUCAAAAUCUUCCUCCUUAAUCCAUAAUAUAAAUUCUAACUCUUAUUAAUCUGGUUAAUAUUCACGAUAUUAACCUGUUGUAAAUAAGUUCUAAAACCUCAAAAGUCCAAUAUCAACGAUCAAAAAGUUAUAUCAUCUAAUUUUCUGUGAUAAAUUAUAUCAAUCGAUUUCAUCA